GGCGGGCGGGGCUCCGGCGGGGCCCGGCCUAGUCCCCACCCAGCCCGGCUCCCAGCCGCCCGCCCUCCCUCCCUCACCCCGAUGCAGGGGGCCGAGCUCCGGGAUGGCGAGGCGGCGGCGGCGGCCGCUUCGUACCGGGUCCUGAGCCGCCUCCUCGGCUAUGGAGAGGCAGCCCCCGAGCCAGGCCCGCCACCGCCCCCGGUCCAUGGCCCGUCGCCGCCACCCUUCCUCGCGCGGCCCGGCCCGCGGGGCGCCCGGCCGCCGCAGCUGAUGGUGUUCCGCAACGUGGGACGGCCGCCGGAGGAGGAGGACGCGGAGGCGGCCCCGGAGCCGGGACCCUCGGAACUGCUGUGUCCCCGGCACCGCUGUGCGCUGGAUCCCAAGGCCCUCCCUCCGGGCUUGGCGCUCGAGCGGACCUGGGGUCCGGUGGCUGGACUCGAGGCGCAGCUGGCGGCUCUGGGGCUCGGGCAGCCGGCGGCGCCGGGGAUCAAGACUGCCGGCGGGGGCUGCUGCCCGUGCCCCCCGCAGCCGCCGCCGCCUCAGCCCCCGCCGCCUGCUGCCACCCAGCAGGCCGGGGAGGACCCCACGGAGACGAGCGACGCGCUGCUGGUCCUGGAAGGCUUGGAAUCGGAGGCCGAGAGCCUGGAGACCAACAGCUGCUCGGAAGAGGAGCUCGGCAGCCCGGGCCGUGGAGGAGGAGGGGGUGGCCGGCUCCUGCUGCAGCCCCCGGGCCCCGAACUACCCCCGGUGCCCUUCCCGCUGCAGGACUUGGUCCCUCCAGGGCGUCUGAGCCGAGGGGAGCAGCAGCAGCAGCAGCCUCCCCCACCGCCGCCGCCUCCCGGGCCCCUCCGGCCCCUCGCGGGCCCUUCUCGGAAAGGCUCCUUCAAAAUCCGCCUCAGUCGACUGUUUCGCACGAAGAGCUGCAACGGUGGCUCGGGCGGUGGGGAUGGGACCGGCAAGAGGCCUUCUGGAGAUCUGGCAGCUUCAGCUGCGAGCCUGACGGACAUGGGAGGCUCUGCCGGCCGGGAGCUGGAUGCGGGGAGGAAACCCAGGUUGACAAGAACUCAAAGUGCCUUUUCUCCGGUCUCCUUCAGCCCCUUGUUCACAGGUGAGACAGUGUCACUUGUGGACGUGGACAUUUCUCAGCGGGGCCUGACCUCUCCACACCCUCCAACUCCCCCUCCUCCUCCAAGAAGAAGCCUCAGCCUCCUAGAUGAUAUCAGUGGGACGCUGCCUACAUCUGUCCUUGUGGCUCCGAUGGGGUCUUCCUUGCAGUCUUUCCCCCUACCUCCGCCUCCUCCACCCCACGCCCCAGAUGCAUUUCCCCGAAUUGCUCCCAUCAGAGCGUCGGAAUCCCUGCACGCUCAGCCUCCACAGCACCUCCAGUGUCCCCUGUACCGCCCCGACUCAAGCAGCUUUGCAGCCAGUCUCCGAGAGCUGGAGAAGUGUGGUUGGUAUUGGGGGCCUAUGAAUUGGGAAGAUGCAGAGAUGAAGCUGAAAGGGAAGCCAGAUGGUUCUUUCCUGGUACGAGACAGCUCUGAUCCUCGUUACAUCCUGAGCCUCAGCUUUCGAUCACAGGGUAUCACCCAUCACACUAGAAUGGAGCACUAUCGAGGAACCUUCAGCUUAUGGUGCCAUCCCAAGUUUGAGGAUCGUUGUCAGUCUGUGGUGGAGUUCAUUAAGAGAGCCAUCAUGCACUCCAAGAAUGGGAAAUUUCUCUAUUUCUUGAGAUCCAGGGUCCCAGGACUGCCACCAACUCCAGUACAGCUGCUCUACCCAGUGUCCAGGUUCAGCAAUGUCAAGUCCCUCCAGCAUCUGUGCAGGUUCCGGAUCCGGCAGCUUGUCAGAAUAGAUCACAUCCCGGAUCUCCCACUGCCUAAACCUCUGAUCUCUUACAUUCGAAAGUUCUACUACUAUGAUCCUCAGGAAGAGGUGUACCUGUCCCUAAAGGAAGCGCAGCUCAUUUCCAAACAGAAGCAAGAGGUGGAGUCCUCCACGUAGCAGCAGGGCCGCGGCUGUUCAGUGUGAAGGCAUUUGAUUGCCAAGUUCCAGUUCGAAGAACCAAAUGAAGCUACCACAAAAGAAGAAUUUGGCAGAAAGAGAAACUAGAGAGGGUUGUGAUUCCUGGCACAGACUUUGGUUCCCCUGUAGCCCUGGGGCUUGGAAGAAGCACACAACCGUCCUCUAAGUGGGGCUCCUGUUCCCCAACCCCAUGCACCCCAAGACUAGAUGAGCUCCUUGGAAAACUGGAAGAAGUCUUAACACUGUUUCUUUUCAAAAGUUAUGUUUUGGUAUUUACAUUUCUCAGUGUAGAAAACUCAGUCAAAGGCAGCUGGGGGUUAUACCCGUUGAGUUGAAAGUGGUCUUGGGGAUGAGCAGGUCAAGGGAAAGGUGGGAGGGAGGGCUGGCAGCUCAGCUGGCGCCAAAGGCAGCAUUAAAGUCUUUUCUAUGAAGCUGGAAGGGCGGGGGAGCCACGGAAGUACAGAAGAAUGAGAUUGGAAGUUUCUGAGGAAAGGAGUCCGAUUCUCAUCUCCAGCUUCAGUAGGAGAAGAGGGAAGGGGCGGUGGGUGAAAGAGAAACCGGCUAGUCACAUUUGCCGCAAGAAGCGGUGACUCCCACUCCUUUCCCUUUAAGGUUUACAAACCUGAUUUCAGAAUUGCCUCUCAUGGAAUCGGUGUUCAUUUUGUUGUACUAAAUUCCUUAAGCUCAGUGACCUGAAGCAAACCCAGUUCUCUAUCCUCAGCCCCUUCCUCCUCAGUAACUGUAUAUUUCACUUUGGUCAAAACAAUGUUUGUGUUGCUUCUGCCAGCUGUCAAGGCAGUGGUGUUUGUCACCUGGUAGCUCAGAGCUCCAAUCCUGGGCUGCUGAGGUUGCUGGAGCGUGCUUCCAGAUUCUUCGUGGCAGAGCAUACCCACAGCUGCGGAAUCAGUGUUACCCUGUCUGUCAGCUAGUGAGAGGAAGUGUGGAGGAAGUGAGAAACAGCUGUUGUGCUCCGAGAGAAGCCUUCAUGCCUCAGCCUUAAUGGGAUGUCUGUAGUGCAGAGAAGGCAUUGAGUCAUGAUCACAGGUUUAUCAUUGUUGUCCCACCUCUGGGAUGGGAGGUGGCAAGGGCUUCUUCAUUUUCCCACGUUCAUUCUCGUAACCCUGACAUUUCCUGAGUCAGACCUCAUGCCUUUCAUUUCCUGGGACUCUGUCAGAUGCUAGUUUGAAAGUUGCCUGUUCCCCAGAUGCAUGUGGAAGGAGGGAAAAACUUAGUGCUUGAGUCUUUUUUGUGUCUGAAGCUGCCCACGGCCAGUCCUAAGCCACAUAAGUUUGCUCUAAAGAUUUAGCGUGGAAGAAGUAAUUGUCAAGAUGGGCGGUGGGGCUGCUGGAUCUUUUACUCUUCUGUAGUGCCCCAUGUGAUGGCCUUUUGAGUUCCCUCUGCUUGUAUCUGCCUCGGAUGACAAACAUCAUCAGGCUUGGGGUCCCAGGUGGUUUAGGGUGAAGCCCUCUAUGUCUAGAUAACUUAAAAAACUGUCUCAUCUGAAAAGUGGCCUGUGUGCUCCCUCUGUGCAAGGAGUCACCUUCUUCCUCUUUUAGCUAAACAGGGAAGAAAUGUGCCUUCUCAGCUGGCUGUAAAGAAAUGAGCCACAGAACGAACUGUGAACAUGUCAGUCCAUUCCACUUCUGACAUGUUUCAUGGUACCCUUUUCUUCUGUGGCUUCAUAACACCAGCAGCAUGAGAUGAUUCAGAGGUUGGCAUACCUGUAAGUUCUGCCUCUGGAGAGUACAGGUCACUUACCAUCUUGUAGGAAGGACCAUUUUGCAACAGAACUCAAAAUCCAUAGAGGUCUUCAAGUGGCUAAUAUACAGUUUGGAGGGACUCUUUCCCAUUUCAGCCACCCAUAAUUUAAAAAUUAGUUUUCUGCUUGUGUUUGCAUGGCUCUGAGCUAUGUAACAUGAAAGGACAUACGAGGUAGAAGACAAGACCCCUGCCCUGAGUGGACUGUACAGUGACUAUUGCAUAUGAAGGAAUUGGAGAGCAACUCAUUGCAGCAGAAGAUCAAGGACCAUCUUAGAGAGUGGGUGUGGCCAGGGUAGAUCAGAUGGUCUAGGAAAGCUCUGUGGUGAUGAGGCUUUGGGUUGUAGGCAAAAGCAGUGUGACAGAACACUCAAGGUACAGAAAGAGAGAAAUCAGUGUGCAAGUGUACAGCUACCUUAGAUCAGCAGCAUUGGGGUCCUACUUGACCACAGAAGUCUAGACUGAAAUUUCCCAGUCAGUGGACAGAGGGUGUGAGGUGCGGUGGGGGACAAGGCUAGAAGUCAGCAGACUUUAUACCCUCAGGUGCAAACCAGACCUGCUCCAGAGCCUGGGCAGCCUCCCCCUCCUGCCGCCCUGUGCUUGUGAUCUGCAAGUGUUUCAGUCACAACCGAUUGGCCUGACCCUUCCUCAGCAAAAUGGGCUGCAAAACAGCAGUGUGGCAGACAGCUCUAUAGGCAUGGCCUGGCACCCAGGAGACCUUGUGGAGAAGGAAAUGAAUGGUUGGGCAGAGCAGUUGAGGCAGAGUGGCUGUACUGCAGGCUCACCGGAGAAGGGAGCAGGAGCGAGUCCAGGAGGCAGCAUUGGCCUUCAUCCUUUGCCCAUGGUGGACAGUGCUGAUGGAAAUGUGGUCUAGAGGGGCCUCAGCUUGACUUGGGUGGUUAUAUGCCAGUCUCAAACUGGGGAAGGCCGUCACUCAGUGAUAGAGGCCUGCUGUAGAUUUCUGAGGAGUGGCUGGGGUUGUCAGUACUCUCAGACCCAGCCUAUGUAACCGUCACUCAUUUAUAACUGAUCUACUGUAACGUUCUCUGAGACGGGUAUGUGCCAGUGUAAGCUAGUGACAGCUACUGCUGCAGCCUGUUGUUACUUGAAAUGCAUGCCUGUGCUGGUAUUGUAGGCCCGGGGCAGGGGCGUGGCUGUGGGGUCCCCACGCUGAACAUGGCCUGGUCUCCUGUUCAUGCCGAGGUGAAGUAAAUGUGAAUGGCAGUGCCAGCCUCUUAAAAAAAAAAGAAAAAGGCCUGGAAGUGUCCCAUAGUUCUGUCUCUCCUGUCCCACUGUCAUGCGGACUAAGCUGCUGUUUGAGGCCAAGCAGGGGGUGAUGGGUUGGCUGUACACCCCCUCUGAUGCACAUCCCAUGAGGGGAGCCACCCUUUCAGUCUUUCCCCGUGCUCCUAGGAGGGCAUGGCCUGUUUGAAGGCCCUGUCCCAGUGGGAAAUAUAGGGACAGGAGAAACUUCCCCCAAGUAAGACCUUCCCCUUCCUUGUUGCCUCUUCCUGACCUGUGAGCCUAGGAGUCAGAGGCCAAGUCACUGAGAUGUGAGGAGCGUCACAAGGUCUAGAGUCUGCGUGAGCAUGCGCCCUCGCUUGUAGAAGUCUUGUCUGCGGUCAGGGUGUUGGGAGCAUCUCCACUAGAGGGGACUAGGAUUUGUUUUUCACUGUAAGAGAAUGGCACGCCCACCCCCCAUGUGGAGGGGGAGAGCUUUGAGUUAGACAUUUUCCCUAUGGGAAUCCUCUUGGUUUGGUUCGUGGGAAGAGGGGAGUGGAUAAGUGGUUUUUAUUUCUGGUCAUCCACACAGCUGUCCGUUCGCUAAGUUUGUGCUAUUGCAUACAUGUAGCCAUCUUUCUUUUCACUGCAGCAGUGUUUAUCAGUAGUUCAAAAUGAUUUAUUUGCUCCUGGGGAGUAAAACCUUUUUUAUUAAAAAAGAAAAAAAAAAAAAAAAGAGAGAAAGAAAGGUGUGCCCCAUUAUCAUCAUGAUAGCUGUAGAGUUAUUGGGCCAUGAGAGUCAAGUCUGCAAGUGCCCAUGGUACAUCUGUUUUGGCAUUGGAGCCCUUGUGCUCAGUACAGUGUGAUAGGAACAAAUGGAGACCCUUUUGGGGAGUGAGGUUGGGUUGAGUCACUGAGGGCUCUGGGGACAUGGUUCUGCAGUUGACAACAGCGCUGGUCCUGUCGUCGGCCGGAGGAAAGGACCUGGCUUUACAUGCAGACUGCAUGUGUCCUUGACCUUUCAUUGCUUCGAGGUGUCCUGGUAAGGGUCACCUAGUUUCUUCUGCUGUCCCUCUCGUCUGUCCUGUCCUUUGUCCUGUCCCUUCCCACGUCAUCUACCUCCCGGAAAGCCAAUCCUGCAUGCUGAGUUUGUGACAUGCCUUCACUCCAUUUCAUCUUCAGAGGGUUUUUGAGGGUCCCUGGAGCUGCUCCCUGCCCCACUGAUCCCUCCUCACAACGCCAAGAGGCAUGAAGGAGCAGACAAAAGCAGCCAGCCGCAGCGGGCACACGGCAACAUUGGAUCGCAGCAGGACUGCGAUGGCAGCUGCCCCUGGAGACAGACAGGGAAAACAAGACACUCCUCUUUGGCCCACUUGGGUGUGACCCCUGCUGUGCUCACAGCUCAGUGGACAGUGGGCUGCUCUGACCUCUCCAUCCCUGGUGCUCCCAGGAGGGACAGGCAAGAUCCAGGCACCGCUCUGGGCAGGCCAGACAUUAGGAUGCCCGCACUGGUGCUGCGUGGCACGGGCGCUGCUAUGCAUUCUGGUGAUUUUUCAGAAACUCCGUGCUUAGGGGUGUCAUUCUGGACUCAGUGGUUGGGGGGGGGGGUUCUUCACCACAGGGGAGCCCUGCCCCUGCACCUACUCUGUCCUGCUUAGCCACCCCUGCCCUCCAAGCCAAAGCGUGGCCUGGCUUUUGUCUUCCCAUUUAGUUUUCCUCCUUUAUUCUCCCUUUUUUUUUUUUUUUGUGCUUAAUUUAUUAAAAUAGUUGCUGUAUAAUUUAUUUUCAUAAAGUAUAAAAAUAACUAAAUGGUUAAAAUAGACUUGCAGGCCAAUCUUAAAUGGGGGGUGGGUGUGGGUGGGAUGGGGAGAGGGAAAGAUGUUUUGAUAUAAACAAAACAAAUGCACUUUGGGUGUGUUUUGGUAUUUUUCUGGGCAUAGAGGGGUGGGUGCUGGGAUGUCCCUGUAGAUUAGUUCCAGGAUGGGGUGUCUGUAAAUACUGUAUUAAUAGGCAUGUUUGACUCUUGUAAAGGGGCAAUAGUAGCUGCUGCAGGUCCUGUUUGGAAACCCUGUGUAUAUUCCUGGUUUUUUUGUAAGUGUCAGUGCGGGAGACAUUUGACUCUUGUGUUUGUAUCUCCUUUUUAUGAUUGCUGUACCGACCCAUGGCUUUUUGGGGAGGGAUGAAAAGAGAUUUGAAAUAAAACUGUUUAGAAAUGA